CGCUCCGACCGGAAGCAGAAGUAGCUUCUCAGGCGCCUGCUUCUCAAGGGGGCGCUCCUAGGUGAGGCUUGGUGGCUUCAGAGGGGAAACUGAGAGGUGGAUCGCCCCCCCGCCCACCAACCUGGAACGAUGAAGGGGCGAGCCUCCAGGAAUGAUGGGCUCGAAGGCCAAGAAGCGCGUGGUGCUGCCCACUCGACCGGCGCCCCCCACGAUGGAGCAGAUCCUCGAGGAUGUACGUGGAGCGCCCGCCGAGGACCCGGUCUUCACCGCCCUGGCCGCAGAAGAUACUUCAGACCCCUCCUGGAGGGCUGAGAACCCUGAGGCCCAGCGGGAGCAGCUCUACCAGCAGAGCCAGGCCUUUGUAGCCACCAAUCAUCGGCUGAGGCAGGCGAGUGAGGAGCUAAGACAGAGGUGUGAUGACCUUCGGCAGGCCAGCCAGGAACUGGAACAGGACGUCAUCCAGGUGAAGCAAGUGGCACUGCCAGGGGCCUUGGCCACCUCCUCAGGUUGACCUGGCCCUCGGACUCAUCUGAGCACACAGCUCCCAGACAGUGCACCCCACAGCCUUCUGGAACUUUUGGUCCUGGCCUGGCACACCUCAGACAUGGGCCCCCGGGUCCCGGAAGCAGAUUCUGGGCUCUCUGUUUCAUGGACAAGCCCCACCCUAGGACCCAGAGACCCCAGGGUACAGAGCCUGCCCUGUGUGUGGUUGCAGCAGGAACAGUGUGGAAUGAGGGGGUGCACCUGCCUCACCCAGACAUAGGCCCUUACCAAGGGUCAGGGUAGGCUUUGCAAAUGCCGUUCACCCUCAGGUUUUUCUUCUGGGCCUGAUUGCUGGGAGCCUGGACUUGGUAUGGGGCAUCAGAACCCAUCCUGCCCUCUCUUCCUUCGGGGACCCUGCUCCACUCAUCACCCAUUAGACUGAGCUUGUCUCUGUGUGAACCUCUGUGGGGCCCUCAGAGGUUCCAGAAAAGGAUGGGGGUUCUGUCCCUUCCUUUGCCCAUAGUGGUCUUGGCCAUGUAGGAGCAAUUGCCCAGCAGGGCCCCGAUCUGAGAGGGGGCCUCCAGUGGCCCCAAGCACUCAGAUGGAAGGUGCGGGCUCUCCCCCAGGGCAACACUUGUCCAUCUGGUUCAUGGUUGGGAUGCAGGACUGACCUAUAGACUGUGGGAUCCAUCAGACAGGGGUGCUGGCCUGGGCUCCCAAGAUAGAAGCUGUUCAGUUACUUGCCUGAAGCUCUCACCUGGCCACCUCCAUCCUGGCAGGCCAGGCCUGUCAUGGGUGUCCCCACUAAGUCCCUCAGAUGAAAUCUCCCGCCAUCAGCCAUCUGGCAGUGUCUCUGUGAGCUGCUCCUUUCCAGGGUUCCCCUGGAGCUUAGGGAAGCACCUAGACCCAACAGGGCAAGUCCUUGACAUGGGUGACCCAGCAUCCCGGGCGUUUUUCUUUUCUUUGAAAAAAGGAUGCCUGCUUAAGGCUGAGAACUGAAAAUGCUGGUUUGGCUCCAGUUAGGGCAGUAGACACAGAGGUUACAUUGUCCAGGGCCCCUUAGCCCAUCUGCUAAUAUCUUGAAGGUGCCCCGCUGCCCUGGACUGAGAGGUCACCCCUCCCUACAUAUCCCUGGCCUUCAGGUGGGGCUACUUGAAUCUGAUUCUGGGGGCUCUGAGCAUGCCUCCUCCUCCCUGGUAUCAGGAGGAAACACUUCAGCUACCUUCCCCUGCACAUCCACAAAGUACUCCAGUUCCACCCUGUCCUCCCCCAUGUGGAAGCGGGGCCAUGUAGAACAAGAUUCAACAGCUCCAUUUAUUAAAGGUGCACAUGAGAUG